UAUCAACCCCGUUCGGCUAGAGGGAGACGGAGAGAGAAAGGUGGUUUAGGAGAAAACGAUGUCCCCCGUGUUUAUCCGGAACUGCAACGGGAAUUCGUCAAAAUUGUGAUCUGGUUUCGAUUUUUCCCUAUGAUCGAAAUUGUUUUAGUUUUAGAGCUUGUCAAGAAGAUAAAGAAUGUCAAAGAUCAUUUGAAUCGAAUGCCGAUUGAUACAUAAUCAGAGACGAUCAAAGUGAAUUUGUUUUUAUGAAAAUAGAUUCUGCCUCACUGUGUCAAACCCUUUUUGACUGUCUCUCCAAGCUGAAGGACAGAGACAGAAACCGAGUAGAGGGGGCUUAGCGUUGAACCCCCCCCCACCCCACCGUCGUCGUCGCCGCCGCCGCCGCUCACGGUCAUCAUCACCCUCCGGUGAAUCAGAUUUGGGCUGCGACCACUUUGGAGAAGAUUUAGGAUUGUAUUUGUUACGAAUUUGCAUAAUGGCUUCUUUCAUGCAUUCCCCCUCCCUCCAAUCUCUCAAAGUUUAUCCGGGAGGCCAUUCUUUCUCCUCCGGGAGGGUGUACCGGACUCGAAUCCUCGAAAAGAACACACCUUGCAUCGUCUCUGCUUGUACUCCGAAAUUGCAUAAAGAUCUUCCCCUUGCAUCACCUGAGGUUGGUAUGUUGUUAGACAAUGUGAAGUGGGAUGACAAAGGUUUGGCAGUUGCAAUAGCCCAAAAUGUUGACACAGGAGCCAUCUUAAUGCAAGGCUUUGUGAACAGGGAUGCACUAGCAACAACCAUAUCUUCUCGGAAAGCUACAUUCUACAGCAGGUCACGGUCACAAUUAUGGACAAAGGGGGAGAGUUCUAUGAAUUUCAUUAAUAUUCAUGAUGUCUUCCUUGAUUGCGACCGUGACUCUAUAAUAUACCUUGGGACGCCUGAUGGCCCUACUUGCCACACCGGAGCAGAAACUUGCUAUUACACAUCAGCUUUUGAUUUCUUGAAAAAUUCACAGGUCGGGGAAAGCAAGAUGGCUUUAACAACUUUGUACUCGUUGGAAUCUACAAUCUCCCAACGGAAAGCAGAACUAGCAGAACCACAAAUAGGGAAACCAUCGUGGACAAAACGACUUUUGACUGACGACAAGUUGCUGUGCUCAAAAAUCCGGGAGGAGGCGGAUGAGUUGUGCCGAACACUGGAGGAAAAGGAGGACAAGUCAAGGACGGCCUCAGAAAUGGCAGAUGUGCUUUAUCAUGCCAUGGUUCUGUUGGGGCUCAGAGGUGUUAAAGCAGAAGAGGUUUUGCAAGUCCUUAGACAAAGAUUUUCACAAUCAGGAGUUGAGGAGAAGGAAAGUCGCAAACCAUAAUUUUAAGCAUUGAACUUAUCACAAGUUGAAUCGUUCAUUGGGCCACCAGAUUUUGCACUUUUAAGCCAAUCAUGGUAAUUUCAAAUCAAACUGGCUAUAUUGUGUUCGUAAUCCUGCUUAUUGACAGCAAUUUAGUAACAUCUCAAUUUACUUGUGUUAUCCUUAGUCUAUGACUCUAUGCUAACGUUCAAUCCUACUCUUGUAGUGAUGCAUUAAAAAUAAUGUUGUAGUGAUUUGUAUACUUAAAAUCACCUUCACUUAAUUUCAAGUGGCUUGGAGCCUCAUCAUUUUGGUACGUGGCCUUAAA